CGUACUGAGAAACGUGCCGCCAUUUUUGCUUGGUGCUGCAGCUCUUCAGUCCCAGAGUUUAACGGAUUAACAUAAACCGUCGAAAUGACGACCAAGAAGAAGCGCUCGCCUCAGACCGGUAACGACCGCUGGGUGCUCAUCGCUGCAGACUCAGCGUUGGAAACAGCGAAGCCACAUGACGGCGACCCCAACUUCGUUAAACUCAGGAACCCAGCAACAGGUGCUGCCUCUCAGUACCUUUUCAGCAAUGGGGAUGAGCACGUGUAUGAGGUGAAGGCUUUCACUGAAGACUUCCACUCCUGGUUUAUUGACCAGACAGUCCAGAGAGAUGGCAGACUGCUGUAUGUGACCGCUGUUGAUCCAGUGUUUCUGUUGUUGCCGUACCUGCAGCGCGGUGGAGCGGAGGGGAAGUUCCAGCCGCUGCAGCAGAUGGUGAUGGAUGAAGAUUACCCAGGAUGCACAAGGCUGCUGAAAUGCACACAGGCUUUGGACUCAGUUCACCACGUGGCAGAUGAGAAAGUGGUUGGCGAUCUGAAGUUUCACAGACAUAACCAGGAGAAGACCCUGGAGUGGCUGAAGAAAAAGGUUCAGAAUACAGUGAGUGCACUCAAGAAGAGUGAUCUUUCUGUAGGUGGAGGAGUGAAGUCCACUACAUAUGUCCGAGUCAAACAGGAAACAGAUGCUUCUGAAGAAGACUACUUGCGAUACGCUCAUGGGCUCAUCUCGGAGUACAUCAGUGAAGAACUGAGCAAAGACCUACACAAGCACCUGCAGUUACCUGAAAUAUCCAGCCCUAAAGAGGUGGAGCCUCCUUCAAAGAAAAGGAAACUGUCCGAUAAACCCGUGGAAGCAGGCGAAGACUACACCAAGUUCAACAGUGCUGACUUCGUCCGAAAACCUCCUAAGAAGAUGACAGCAGCUCAGAAGUCUCUGGCCAAAGUGGACAAGACUGGCAUGAAGAGCAUGUCUGCUUUCUUUAGUCCAAAAGUCAAACAGGAAAAGAACUGAGUGAGUGAAUGUGUGUAUGUGUUUAUUUUGUUAAUAAAGUGGAAAAAAGACAACA